AUGGCAGAUGCAGAGGGAUCUUCAAAUGGAGGAGGCGAGCCACCUGUAGCUCUAAUGGAAGAGGGUGAAAAAGUAAUGCAGAUGACUGGAAUAUAUGAUUUGGUUGCCGUAUUGACCCACAAGGGUAGAAGUGCUGAUUCGGGACAUUAUGUUGGUUGGGUCAAGCAAGAAAAUGAUAAUGUCAUUAUGGACUGGUUACAAAAUAUAUCUGAAAAAGGAGAUAAGAGGAGGGACAAAAAGGCAAAGUUUUCUUGUGAGAAAAGCAGUGAUGAUGAAGAAAAAGAAGCAGCAGAAAGAGCAAGUGAAGUAAAUUUUGCAGAUGAGAUAAGUGAAAUUAACACAGGACUUCCUUCACCAACUUCAUCUAUUAAUUAUUAG